GCGUAUAUAAACAACAGUAAGAGUGUUUGUAUGUACACAAACGAAUACAAAUUAGAAAUAAUGUGCACUGCUACUAGCUGUCUUUAAAAACGAUAGACGCAGACAGCAGAGUUGUUCAUAUUUUCGGUGUUAUCAUUUGUGUCCGGGGACAGGCGCUGAGUAUUAAACAUCAUUUACCAAACAGAGAAGAUUUUUAACAAUGACUUCGACGACUUACAUAACUUUAAUAUGCCUAGCCUUUGUAGGAGCAGCUACAGCAGGCAGUGAUUGGUCAUAUAAGGAUAUGUCAAAGUGGAAAGACUCUAAUAUGAAUUGUGUAAAAAAUUCUCAGUCACCAAUCAACAUUGAAAUUUCCAAGGCUGAAUUGAAAGAAUUAGGGGAUUUUAACUUCUCUAAAUAUACGAAGUUGAGCAACGCUAAAUUGUCAAAUAAUGGACAUACUGUGCAAUUAGAGGUUAAAGGACUUACUUUAUCUGGAGGUAAUCUGACAGGUACUUACGAUACUCUCCAAUUACAUUUCCAUUGGUCUGCAAAUGUGACAACGAAAGGAUCGGAACACACUGUUGAUAUGAAAAGUUACCCACUAGAAAUGCAUAUCGUACACGUGAACCCAAAAUACCAUAAUGUAUCUGUGGCCCUAACGAAACCCGAUGGUUUAGCUGUUCUUGGUUUCUUUUUCAAGAUUGGAGAUGAAAAUCCUCAAUUAAAGACAAUCAUACCAUACGUUGGCAACGUUACGAGUUCGGGAAAGAAUAUUAAAAGUUUCGAUCUGAAGGGCUUGAUUUCAGAGGCAACUAAGUCUGACAAAUAUUUCCGAUACAGUGGAAGCCUUACAACUCCUCCUUGCUCUGAAGCAGUCAUAUGGACCGUUUAUGAAAUGCCACUCAAAAUAUCUCAGAAGCAGCUGAACGUUUUAUGGAGUGCUGAAGAUGGUCAUGGAAAGAGAAUGACAAAUUAUCGACCAGUUCAGCCAUUAAAUGGAAGAAAAGUCUUUAAGAACAUCCCUGGCUCUGGCUCUGGCUCUGGCUCUGGUAUGACUAAAGCAUUCUCAGUAUUGGUUGUCUUUUCCGUUGUUUUAUCCUAUCUUAGUUAAUUAACUAAUGUUGUUUACAUUACAUUUUAUAUUUUAUGAUAUAAUUUUAUAAUAUAAUUUUCUAAAGAGAAUUUAGAGCUAUAAGUAUGUUCGUUUAUAUAAAUAUAUAUUCUAAACAAUAUACGAAAAUGUAUUUACAAAAUACUAAAAUACGUUAUUAUUAUUCUCAGCAACGUUUGUCCCACCGAACAAUAAAGAAAGUUUUCAGUAUUAGUUCCUGUUCAAAACUAAUGAAGGUCACAAGACCGAAAUUAGUUAUGGCUCUAAAUGACUUUCACCAAUCAAUUGGCACUGAAAUUAGUUGUCAACGUUUCAGGCAGUAUUGUUUUGAUUUAGUCCCACCGAACAAUAAAGAAAGUUUUCAGUAUUAGUUCCUGUUCAAAACUAAUGAAGGUCACAAGACCGAAAUUAGUUAUGGCUCUAAAUGACUUUCACCAAUCAAUUGGCACUGAAAUUAGUUGUCAACGUUUCAGGCAGUAUUGUUUUGAUUUAUGAAUUCUCACAAUUUUUAGACCGGCUUGAUUUGAAACCACAAUGUAACACAAUGAAUAAAAAUAUUAUUCUAACAGUAAUUAACAGAACCAAUUCCCCUUCAUGCUAUAUGCAUGUAGGUUCUGU